AUGUGGAAGGAGUAUGCCAAGGCUGAUUCUCGAUACAUGACUAUGGAGCCAUUUGUACUUUGUAUGGAGUCGAUUACGGCUUUUGCGUGGGGACCUCUAUGCUAUUUCGUCUCAUGGAUGAUCGUUACGGCGUCUCCGCAUCGCCAUCCAACACAAUUGAUUGUCUCUAUGGGCCAAUUCUACGGCGAUAUCUUAUAUUAUGGGACAAGCAUGUUGGAGGAAUACUACCAUGGGGUGUCUUACUCUCGUCCGGAGACUUUCUACUAUUGGGGAUACUUUAUCUUCCUCAACUCCUUUUGGAUUGUCAUUCCAGCCUUCUGCAUGUACCAAAGCUACUCGGCAAUGGUGGGAGUGUCCCAAAAAUCCAUCAUUCAUACCAAAAAAACCAUUAUCGAUACGCCAGAAAGUCCGUUGUUUGCGAAUUCACUCCUUGCCAUAUUUGAUUCUACGUCUUUCCAAGUCGCAGUCCUUGGCUUGUUGACGCUUCUUGUUUUGACAUAUUCGCUAUCCUUAUUUGACUUCAUCUGGACUCGACGCAGCCAGAGGCCCGGAAAGCCAGCACCGACCCUUCCAUACCACCUCCCAGGACUAUACCAUGGCUUUGACCUAGGAUGGAGCAUGGCCAGCUUCCUAGCUAACACGGUUAGACGCUGGGGCUAUAUUUCACCAAUUGGGGUCCGCGCCGGACCCUUCAAAUUCACAAUGAUUGUCAACCCAAGUCACAUCAAAACCAUACUACGAUCUUCUAGAUCCCUAACAAACAGACCUAUGAUGGCUUUUGUCAUGGAGAAAUGGUUCCGCACGCCCAAGGAAUAUUUGCACUUCUAUGCUGCUCAUGAUCCCAGCGCUUCAAUACCGGGAGAAAAACCUGAGCAUAUGCAUGAUUUCCAAGUGAAGACCAGCCUCAAGUACUUAUCAGGGAAACAUCUUCUGGCCAUGUCAGAGAGAUACCUUGCGGUUCUCAAGAGCAGGCUAGUGGCCCUCGAGAUUCCAACUGACAGUUGGAUAGAGAUCUCGGAUUUUUACGCAUGGCUUCAAAGCCAGGUCACUCCCUCGGUUAUUGAAGCCAUGAUGGGUUCGCGACUUCUAGAAAUGUAUCCUGACAUCGUGGAGGACUUUUGGGAAUUCGAGCAUCAGGUCGCCAACUAUUCCCGUGGCUUGCCUCGCUGGAUUAUUCCCUCUGCAUACGAAACUCGGGAUCGUUUGCUAGCGAACAUCAAAGCAUGGAAUCGACUUGCAAAUCGUGAAUCUGAUUAUACGCAGCAUGGAGGAGAGGGACCCGAGUGGGAUGAAUAUUUCGGAAGCAAAUUCAUCAAAGCUCGUGAAGAUUAUUUGAGGAAGUAUGGCAUGGAUGAAGACUCAAUCGCAUCUGAGAACCUUGCCCUUCUUUUUGGAGCUAAUGCAAAUGCCGUUCCCGCUGUUUUCUGGUAUAUUUUCGAAUCUUUCAAGGACUUGGAAUUGCAAGAAAACCUAAAGACCGAGCUCCAAGAUUGUCUAAAGCCAGAGACUGGUGACUUGGAUAUUCCCAAGUUAUCCACUAAACCUUUGCUGCAAUCCACUUACGCAGAAGUGUUGCGCCUCCGCGUCACCACCUCAACGAUACGCACAAAUGAAGAUGCCAACUUCAGGCUAGGUCCUGAUUAUACUAUUGGCAAAAACAUGAUUAUGACAAUAUUCUCUUCGGUUACGGCUUAUAACAGACAGGCCUGGGAAGCUACAAGACCCGAGACCGUUACUAUACCUCUAGAUGAAUUCUGGCCAGAGCGCUUUGUUCGAAAGGACAAAAUAGAUGCGAAUUUCAGUCUUGAAGGCUUGACUGAAUGCUGGAUGCCUUACGGUGGAGGUCACCGUAUGUGUCCUGGUCGUCAUUUUGCCAAAAAUGAGAUAAUUGGCACGCUGGGGGUGCUCUUGGAAUUGUUUGAAUGUGAACUGGUUGAUGUUAAGCAAGCUGAACGGGUCAAGCCUGACACGAGAUGGGUGCCCUACGGAACAUUACCACCUACGAAGAAGCUGGCCGUGAGACUUCGAAGACGCACAGAAUGA